AAUAUUCUCACUCACUCUUCGUCCCAACCCCUCUGAAAUCGGACGCUUUCUCCGCUCUCUCUCCCUCCUUAACUUACCGCCGGCCGCCGUCUCGCUCCGUCUCCGGCAUUCGGGGAUCAGUUUGUCCUGUCUCUCAAGAAGCCGAUCGCUUCACAGAAUCACGGCAACCAUCAAAAGCAGAAUAAAGUGGUAAUGGCGGAAAGUGCUCUUAACUUGUUAUAGACCACCCAUAUCACAAUUUUGCAAUUCCGUUUUCUUCUGGGUUCAAGCACAGACCUACCUGCGAAUUUCAUUGAUGAUGGUUGUGCAGAGGCCCUAGAGAAACAAGGCAAGAGUUAACUGAAACACCAAGAUUGUGCAACCAUGGUUAUUUCCCAGCAGCCAAAGAAAAGAGUGGCUUUUGUGCUUAUUGACGGGUUGGGUGAUGUCUCGUUACCAAAAUUUGGAUUCAAGACUCCUCUGCAAGUGGCCAAAGUUCCUAACUUGGAUGCAAUUGCUUCUGCUGGUAUUAAUGGUCUCAUGGACCCUGUCGAAGUAGGGUUGGGUUGUGGAAGUGACACAGCUCAUCUUUCUCUUUUGGGCUACAACCCUAGAGUAUAUUAUAGGGGUCGAGGUGCAUUCGAGUCUAUGGGAGCUGGAUUGGCGAUGUCACCUGGAGACAUCGCAUUUAAGUCAAACUUUGCUACAUUGGACGAGAAAACAGGAAUAGUAACUAGUAGGAGGGCUGAUAGACACUUUGAGGAGGAAGGGCCAAUAUUAUGUGCAGCACUUGACAGAAUGAAGAUACCAAGUUUCCCAGAGUAUGAGGUUAGAGUCAGGUAUGCCACAGAGCAUAGAUGUGGUGUGGUUGUGAAAGGACCAAAUUUGAGUGGGAAUAUUUCGGGAACAGACCCUUUGAAGGAUAACCGCUUACUUUUGCAAGCAGAGGCCUUAGAUGAUUCUAAGGAAGCAAAGCUUACUGCAGCUGUUGUGAACGAGUUGUCCAAGGAAAUAUCGCGAAUCCUAGUUUCUCACCCAAUAAAUGCAAAGCGUGCAGCAGAAGGGAAAAACAUAGCCAACCUUGUUCUUUUACGAGGUUGUGGUAUUCGAAUUGAGGUUCCUCCAUUUGAGAAGAAACAUGGUUUAUGGCCAUGCAUGGUGGCACCCACUAAAAUUAUAGCUGGUCUGGGCUUGUCACUAGGAAUUGAUAUCCUAGACGCUCCCGGAGCAACUGGAGAUUAUCGAACACUUUUAACCUCAAAAGCUACUGCAAUAGCAAAGGGACUCUCAGCUCCUUUGCAAUCCUGUCCCAAUGUUUUUGUGCCAGGAGAAGAUGAACUCAAACCAGGUCGGGCUGAUGGUUACGAUUUUGGGUUCCUUCAUGUCAAGGCAAUAGAUGAUGCCGGGCACGAUAAGGCAACUAUAUUUAAAGUCAAGGGAAUGGAAGCUGUUGAUAGAGCAAUAGGACAACUAGCCAAGCUUCUCUGGAAGGCAGAAUCCAGUGGGAAUUUCCAGUACUACCUGUGUGUGACAGGAGACCAUUCUACUCCAGUUGAGUAUGGAGAUCACAGUUUCGAGCCAGUUCCGUUUACAAUGUGUAGAUUGAAAGACUUUGUAGGCGCUGUGGGUGGGGAGUCGGUAAUUGCAGGCAUUUCUCUCGACCCGUUUCCGCUUCCAACAGUCGUACCCGGUGAGGACUUGGAGAGGAGAGAAAUUGAGAAGGUGGAAGAAGAGAAAAACAAAGAGUGCCAGGCUUUUGGUGGUGACUCAGUUUGUGAGUUUGAUGAGAUUACAGCUGCCAAGGGAUGUCUUGGGCGCUUUCCUGGUGGAGAGAUGAUGGGUAUUAUUAAGAAAUUCCUCACAUUGGAUGCAUGAAUUGCUUCAGUUCAGGUGGCUUUUAUUUAUGUACGUUUUCUUUUAUUAUCAAAUUGAUGAAGAAUCAUGAAUCUCGACCAAUCGGAACAACACCAUCCCCUGAAGUGAAUGCUGUGAAUUUUAAUGAUAAUCAAGGUAAAGGUCAAGGUCAUGGUCGAGGUCGUGAUCGUGGCAGAGGAAGAAAUAAUUAUUAUUU